GUACAAAAUUUCAUGAUAGGUUUUACCCUCGCGGCUACGCUCGCAUUGAUGUCCUGGAUAUGUUUCAAAUAUCAUCGACAACCACAUAAAACUAAUUUUUAUAUGCUUAGGGAACAGUAUUUUUUUUCUGGAUAAAAAGUACCCUGUAUCCUUUUGUGUACCCCUGACAAUGUAUAUACAAUGUUUCAUGAUAUAUUUUACCCUCGCGGCUUUGGUCACAUUGAUGUUCUAAGUAUGUCUUAAAGAUCAUCGGAUACCACAUAAAAAAACAAAACAUAGAUAAUCAAAUAAGAAACUUUGUCCCAAAAAGUAUGACGUUAUGACGUGGAACGUUUUUUGUAAUCCACUCUGUAUUUAUUAAUUAAUAGUUAAGUAGAUAUUGAUUACAAUUUUUCAAGGCAUAUUUGUACCUAGGUAAUGGUUGUGCAGCAACAAUUUAUCGUUGUGGAGUUGACCGAAGCCUGUACGGCGACAUUAAUCAAAAUGAAAGUUAUUGAGUUACAUUUUCUCCAAACCGUCCAAAAAAAGCUAAAAUGAAAACACAAAAAAGCUCUCUAUUAACUUCAAGGUUGCAACAUAAAAAUUGUGUUGUAACUUUACUCGUUAAUGUAUUGUUUACGUAGACCCCGAAACUAUUGGCUAUGUAAAAUAGUUUCAUUUCCUCCAACUUCGAACAAUGGUUUGCUUAACACUUCGAUAAUAAUGUCUUCAGUACACCUUUGACACUCGACCUGCGACGCGGUGAAAUUUGUGUCUUCGCUAAAAGAAUUUUUUUCUUUCUUGCAUACAAAUCCGAGUUUUACCGGGAACUUUUUUGGUAACAGUUUUCAUUAAAAUGGGCAGCGAUAGAACGAUUAGUGAUACCGAAAAUCACCAAAAGGAUCUAGACUGGAUUAAAGUCCUUUUCUACAUUCAUGUCCAUGUACUUAUGGUCUGCGGACUUUUUAUGGUCUUCUUAGAAGCUUCAAUUUUAACUACUCUCUUUAGUAUUGUAUUGACAGUAUUUGGUAUAUUAGGAGUAACAGCAGGUGCUCACAGAUUAUGGGCUCAUCAAAGUUAUGUUGCCGAACCAGGUCUCAAAGUAUUUCUCAUGCUAUGCCAAACAUUAGCUGGUCAGGGAACAAUUUAUGACUGGGUAAGGGUGCAUAGACUUCACCACAAAUAUUUCGCUACUGAGAAAGACCCUUUCAACCCUAGCAGAGGAUUUUGGUACGCUCACAUCAAAGGUUUACUGAAACGUCCAAGUGCCACACACGAAAAACUUUUAAACGAAGUUGACAUGUCAGAUAUCGAAAAGGAUAAUGUCGUUAUGUUCCAAAAGAAGUUCUACUGGUUAAUUUUUAUUAUUGUAAGUAUAGUACUACCCCUAAAUACCCCAAUAGAAUACUGGAAUGAGAACUUCUUUUGCACACUGUUUGUGGCUGGAGCUCUAAGGUAUGGCCUUACCCAAAACUUUGCGUGGUUUAUCCACAGCGGAUCCAGACUUUGGGGCUUACAAAAAGAUGAAAAGAAUCCGCCAGACAGUAACAUUGUCUUUUUCAUAACAAAAAGCUACUGGCCCCAGUACCAUUAUAUAGCCCCGUGGGAUUACAGAACGACAGAAUUCGGUGGCUACGCUAAUGGUUGCACUACGGCAUUCAUUCGUAUUUUUGCUGCUUUAGGUUGGGCUUACAAUCUAAAAACAAUCGAUAGUGACGGUGUACGGAAAGCCUUAGCAUUAUCAGUGGAAACGGGUAAAAAAUUACCAGACGUUUUAAAAGAGGUUGCAGAAAAUCAACCCCUAUCUGACGAGCACGUUUUGGAGCCCAAAAAAUUUUUAUAAUCAUCUUAUAGAUAAUUGAUGUAAUAAUAGAUUUUAGGAACAAUAACAAUUUCUCUACUAGUAGACCUAAGUAAUUAAUUUUUAAUGUUUUUUUUAAUUUUGUGUUUAUUGUUAUUAUUGUUGAAAACUAGUGUAAUUCCAAUUUGUUUUUUGUAUUAAAAAAAUAUUAGUACCAACAAAAUGGUACCAUAUUGGUACAUGUUAAA